AUCAGCGAAUUUGUCACCGGGACACUUGUGACAUUGACAUUUCUCGAAAGACUUCUUCGAGCACUUUACGAACUGGCGAGAUAUUUGAUUCUGAAAUGAUUUCAUAAUAAUUUCAAGGAAAAACGUCAAUCAAAACUGCAUUAGAUAUAAUUUUAAGGUCAGGAAAGGUUACGCAGAGUUUGGUAGUCAUGCUGGACGUGCUUAUAAGCGGUCGCCGCGAGGGCUGGCGGCUCAGUUCGAUCCAACCACCGAUGGAGGCUAGCAACGGAACACCAGUAGACGAGUUCGACUGGAGCGACAUGGACGCCUGCUAUGAAACAUUUGAUAAAGAUGGGGAUGGCAAGCUAAGCCUGGACGAGUUCCGCGUGAUCUGCAAGGCGCUAUUCCGCAACGACAAGGGUCAUAUUUACCCGCUGUCCGAGGAGCGAGCUCGUCACAUCUUCCAGGUCUUCGAUAAGAAUGGAGACGGCUUCAUUGAUAAGGAGGAGUUCACCUUCUGCUGGAAUCAUUGGAUUAAAGUUAUCGUGCGUCCGGUGUCAGUGUUCCUCAUAGUGGACGUUCAGAAUGACUUCAUCUCCGGAACGCUUAACAUCAGCAAGUGCAACGCGCAACAAGAUGGCAGUGAGGUAGUAGAACCGAUCAACCGUCUUCUAGACACGGUGCCGUUCGACGCGAUAUUCUACUCGCUGGACUGGCACCCGCCCGACCACGUCUCCUUCAUCGACAACGUGCAUAUGAGGGAGCUGCAUCCUUCGAGCCCGGUAUCCGCAGACAAAGCACAAGCCUAUGACACGGUGGUGUUCGCGGGCCCGCCGCUCAUGAAGCAGCGCCUGUGGCCGCGCCACUGCGUGCAGGACACCUGGGGCGCAGAACUGCAUAAGGAUCUGAAGGUAAUGGAAGGUGCAGUGAAGGUCUACAAGGGUACCAACCCCGAGGUGGACUCGUACUCCGUGUUCUGGGAUAACAAGAAGCUGACGGAGACCAGCCUGGGCAACCAGCUGCGGCAUCUAGGAGCUUCUGACAUCUACAUCUGUGGCCUGGCUUAUGAUGUCUGUGUGGGCGCAACAAUAGCGGACGCUCUGGCCAUCGGCUACCGCUCCAUCCUGAUAGACGACGCGAGCCGAGGAGUAGACCUGGCGGGCAUUGAGAAGACGAAGACCACCAUCGUCAAUAAUAACGGAGUCAUUGUUAAUACGGAUGAGGUGUUAGCAAUGGUGGAAGGACGCGACCGACGGCCGGAGCUCGGCUACAAACUCGCCAUGGAACUCAAAAACGCCAUGGAGGACAAGUGAGAUAACAUACAAAUAUAGCACAUUAUGUAUUUACUUAUUUAUUGCUUACCAUUGCCUUUUGUGGAUAAACCAAGUUUAGUGACUACAGAUUUAUUUAUAAGUGAAGGCAGUUUGUGAAUCUUACCAGUGAAAUAGUUGCUGGACAGUAAAGUUGGUAAUAAAUGUGGUGGUUUAUGGAACUAACGUUGUCCGCCAUUUUGAAAUAUCAUUUUUGGUGAUACCAGUUGAUAGUAAAUUAAGAAAAAAUACCUGUAUUGCGAAUACAAGCUUUAAUAACUUACCAUAUUGAAAGCAAACCUAAAAAUGUUGAGGUAGUUAAAAAUCUUGUGGAAAAAUAAGUUCUAGUUUUCACCACAUUUAUUGCAAUUCCGAGUUCGUUUAUCCACAGAUAAUAUAUAAUAUAAAGUUCCACCUCGAUCAAAUAAUAAAUUAUUUACUUAACUAGUACUUAAAAAUAUUUAUUGCAAUGUUGCAUUUUAUUUAUUACACUGUCAACAUUGCUUACAGAACAAUUUAUCAAAUGUUAGUGUUAGUAAGUUUUGCCUGUAAAAUGGGUAACCAUAGUGAAAUAUUUAGUGAAAACAAGAUUCCGCUAAUGCUAGUUAAAUAGUACUUAAAUACUGAUAAUAAUUAAUAUUAAUUGUGCUAUUAAAACUUGAAUAUCAUUGAUAAAUAUUCAAUUGACUAAAAUUUUACGUGUACUCGAAAGUUUAACAACCCAGUCUUACCAAGGGGUAUUGGGUUGCCCGGGUAACUGGGUUGAG